GCAGCCGCCCGUGGCCGCGAUGGCCACGUGCUGGCCAUCCCGCGCCUUCCAAUCGCCGCCCUCGAACUGGAUAAGGUCCCCUGCGCCCCCUCGUUCGAACCCUAGAUCGGAUCUUCCCCGCAUUCGCCCUCGCUCUCUGCCUCACGCGUCCGAGCGCCGCCAUGGACGCGCCCCGGUAAAGCUCGCGGCCACCGGUCACCCCGAGCCACGAGGAGGCGUCCGAGAGCUCUGUCAUGGUCGUCUCCAUCACCACGCCGAAGGGCUCGAGCUAGGACACCUCCAAGCCUCCCCAUCGUCCUCUUCUUCCGUCUGCACCACCACGGUCCUCGCCGCGAUUCACCGCCUCCCGAGCUUCCCCGGCUUCCCCGACGCGCCCACGAGCACCACAACCCGAGACUGCCGGCGACCCCAGUUCGACUACGGUGUCGAUGACCCCUCCUUGCCAGAGCAACCAGACGAUGGAGUCCAGGAGCCAGACGCCACUGUCGAUGACGACUGCUACUACUCGGGAUGUGCCUACUACUAUGUGCAGGCCGCUGGUGACGACCAGGAAUAGUUUAGGAGGAUCCCAGGUAGGAGGCCUGCGCCUCUUUCGAUCUGUAUCCCAGUUUGUGCUAGCCUUCUUAAGGCAAACAUGUUUAACUUAUGUCUGUACUCAGAUAUUGUUGCUUCCGCUUACUCGUCUAUGAUC